UUGAAUAUUUUCACAUAUUUAAAGAUAAAUUCAGUGAACAUUAACAUUGAAUCGAAUCGAAUCGAAUUGAAUCAUACCUAAUCUAAUUCAAUAUGUUUAAUAAUAAUAUUCAACUACAUUUUAUUCUAUGCCUUCUUUUAUUCAAUUGUACGAAUACACUUCAUGGUUUAUUAAAAUUACCAAAAUUAUGUACAACUUUAACAGUUAAUUUAAGAAAUCAAAUUAGUAUUAGUCGAAAUGAAAGUUUAAUGGCAUCAGUGUCUACCAACAACAAUCAACACGAUUCAAAUCAAGACAGACAAGUUAUCAUGAUGAAUGAUGAUCAUGGAUUUGAAUUACGUCUACGUAGAGUAAAUGAUGGUGUGAUGAUUGAUGAAUGGUAUGAACCUGGCAGAGAAUAUUAUGUUAUAUUGAUCAAUCGAUAUCAUUCAAUUGGAUUUCGUGAUGGAUUAAUGUGGAUCGAGAGUGGUAUGAAUAAAAAAAGUAUGAUGAUGAAUAUGGAUGUAACAAUGUCUGGGAAUAAAACAUCCUACCAUGGACAAUUUAAACCAAACACAUUAACUGAAGAAACAACAAAGGAUUGUUCUUUUAAAGAUUUAGGUGAAUGGAUUCAUUUAACUAAUGCUGCUUCAAAUAAACUUGGUGUAUCAGAUUUAUGGACAACUGAAACAGCAGUCACUAAAUCAAGAUUUGGUUGUGAAAAUCUUAUAGCUGAAAAGAUUAAACAUACUCAAAGACUUAUUACUAAAUUGAUUGCUAAAUGGAAAGCACCAUUAAACGACAAAUGUGGUUGUAUCACAAUUAAUGGAGCUGUACAAACGCAUAAUAUACAACUUGAAACAUUUUCAGCUAUUGGUGGUUUAACUAAAACCCUGUGUCCAAGUUAUUCACGACCACCAAGUCCUGUACUUCCAGCUUAUAUGUUGUCUACAAAUGAUAAAAAUCGUAAAAAUAUGAAAGAGGAACAAACAAUGAAGUUAUCACAUGAUGAACAAUUGCAUUUAGAUAGUAUGCAACCUCAAGAUUGUUGUGCAUGUGGCUCGGCAACUUAUCAACUCACAUUUAUUGGUUUAUGGACUAAAAUAACACAUCCGAAAGAUUGGCCCGUACAUAAUCCUGGAGCACUACAUUGGACUAAUCUUAUCGGUGCUAGUCAUUCACCAGGUUUCCAAAUUUAUCGUAUAGGUGAACCAGCUAGUGCUGGAGUUCAAGCUGUUUGUACAUAUGGUGAUACAACUGUGAUGAAACAAUCCCUUGGGAUUGCUGCUACAAAUACAGGUUCUGUAGGAGGAGUUCCAUCUGGGACACAAAGAGGUUCUACUGGUGUUGGACCAUUACUUAGUUUAGUGUCUGCUCCAGGUAUGUGGGGAGAAGAAACACUCAAUGAGAAGAGAACUACUUAUGUUGCUGUCAAUAGAACACAUCCUUUAAUAUCAUUUUUAACUAUGCUUGGACCAAGUCCUAAUUGGUGUACAGGUAUUUCUAGUCAAUCAGUUUGUCAGGCGGAUUGUACUUGGGUGAAGAAAAUUGAAAUUGAUUUAUUUCCUUGGGAUGCUGGAGCUCGUAAUGGUGAUACAUAUCUACCGAAAAAUGCUGAUAACAAGGAUGUUCCAGAGCCUAUACGUUUUAUCACCAGAGAUUGGAUGCCAAACAAUCCUUUCACACCUGGUGUACCGGUUGCAAAAUUAAUGUUGGAAAGAAUUUUACCCCAGGAAUCAUGGGAAUGUACAUCGAAAUUACACGAUGGAGUGGAGUUGUUCAAUGCCGACGGUAGUACCGAAACAGUCGGUUCUAAACCAGGCUCACAAUCUAGUCGACAAUCUCCGAUAGUACAUUCAGUGAUAGGAGAUUUAACAGGUACAUUGCCAAAAAAAUCACGAAAUAAAGUUGUUGGUGGUGGUAGUGGUUCCGUUGGAGGAACACGAAUUACAAGUGGAGGACUUGGCGGGGAUAAUCCAUUGUCAGAUCCGAGUUUAGCACAGAUGGCCACAUUUCUAUGUAUCACAGAUUCUUGGUCAGCUUGGGGACCAUGUUCAGUUACAUGUGGUGUUGGUCGUCGAACUAGACAACGUGUUAUGCUGAUCAAUAAGAAAACGGAACUGUGUCAACAUGUUCCAUUAGUUGAAGAAGAAUCAUGUGAUGGCAUAAAACGUACAUGUGAUUUCAGUGCAAUGUGCAGUUUACUACCAUGGACAGCUUGGACUCCAUGUAAUGCUACAUGUGAUCAACCAAAUGGUCGACAAACACGUACACGUUAUUUAGCUCGUCCAUUAGAAAAGAAAUAUUGUGAACAUAUAUUUCAAAAUCAAGCUGAAUCUGACAGCGGUAUGCUAAGAGAAUUACGCGAAUGUCAACCAAAAGAUACUGAUUGUGAUCCAGCUACAAUUUGUUCUGAAGGUAGAAAAGACGGUAUAGAAUGUGGUGAGAAAAUUGCCGCUUAUUAUUAUAGUGCUGUGGAACAUGCUUGCUUACCAUUUAAAUAUUUAGGAUGUAAAGGUGGUCGAAAUCGUUUUCCUACAAAAGAAGCAUGUGAAAAUCUAUGCAUUCCAGCUGUUGAAUCAUUACCUAACUGGCGAAGAGAACGUAUGGCUUUAUUACAAUAUCAAACAGCACAGCUAGCUGCGGACAGUGAUGAACUCAAAAGCGAAAAAAGAAUUUCUCCUGCUCAACAUUGUUCUCAGCUAAUGGAUCCUGGUUAUAGAUGCAUGAAUAGUAGCCAACCUGAGAAUAGAUGGUAUUUUUGUUCACGUCUACGAAGAUGUCGUGAUUUUGAAUAUCAUGGCUGCGGUGGCAAUGAAAACAACUUUAAAACAUAUCAUGAAUGUCUGGCUGAUUGUCUUCCAUUAGAAAUGGAAAAAGUCAGACAAAUCAAUAAAGCACGUAUGGUUAGUUUGCGUAAAUCCUCCACAACAAACAACAUCAUAACUAUGAAUAAAAAUCAUACUCUGUCAAGUAAUCAUACCAAUAUGUCUAGAAAAAAAUCAAUAACUGACAACCAUGAUGAUGAUGAUGACUCAUUAGGCCUGAUGGAACGUCAAAAACUAAAUGAUAUUUCAGGUCAUAAACAAGACUGUGUAAUGACUGCAUGGAGUGGAUGGAAUCCAUGCUCAGUAUCAUGUUCACAUCAAAUUGGUAUACAAAUGCGUUGGCGAUUUAUUGAGAAACCUGCAAUGCAUGGUGGUAAUUCAUGUGGUACAUUGUUUGAGAAACGUGAAUGUCAUGGAACGUCAUGUUAAUAUCAUCAAGAAUCAAGAAUCAACAAAUUUACGUUCUAUCACGUGAAAUCAAAAAUCACUUCCAACUACUCGAAAGUCAAUAACAUAAUUAUUAAUAAUAAUCUUCAGGGUAUCUUUAUUUAUUCCGAAAUUUUUUUUAAUCACUCAAGUUCAAAUACACAAUAAUUGUUGUUUCCAUUUAAUCCAAUAUCUUUGUUUACCUCUUAUUAUCACUUACUCAGUAAAUAAAUCGAAAUCCUCUUAUUUUAUAUUUAUGUAAUUUAAUUGUAACUACUUAUGAGUAGUACAUUGUAAUUGAC